AUGGCGGUCGGCUGUAAUGAUUCAGACUGCCUGAACAACAGUGCCACUGACCAUAAACAUGGCGACAUGAGGGACUACAUAGCCCCAUCACUUUUCCAGCCUCAUCGUGUUCGCCUGGCCAUCCGAGACGCUCACGAAAAGAAGAUCCCGCCGUUGAUCGGCUACUAUGCCGGCCCCCCAGCAGUGUCCAUCACCCACUGGCUCGCACCGAUGGGCUUCGACUAUGUAUGGAUCGACUGGGAGUACAAUGCAACGAACAUCGAGACCAUGACCACAACGGCCUUCAUGAGCAGUGCCAAAACCAUUCCCUUCGUCCGGGUACCCGGGCACGACGCAUCCAUCAUAGGGUACGCCCUCAACGCAGGCGCAUCAAUCAUAGUUCCUCACGUGGAUAUGGUAGAGGAAGCCAAACACGUAGUCAGCGCAGUUAAGCUGACCGAAAGCAAAAUGACGGCGCUGAUGAUUCAAAUCGAGUCGCUCGAGGGUAUCCACAAUCUCGAUGCUAUCCUGACGAAGGUGCCGGAGAUUGACAUCGUCUGGUUUGGAACCAUAGAUGCUCGGAUGAGUAUGGGGCUUGCGGCGGGGUUUGGCGUGCGUGGUUCAGAGCCUAAGUGGCUUGGGGCUUGUGACUUGUUCCACGCGACGUUCAGGAAAUACAAAAAGCCUCAUGCAGGCUUUAGUUUUGUAGAGGGUGAGGAGUUGCGAAAGGCUACCUCGGAUAUGGCGAUUGUGUAUAAUUGCGGCUGA